GUAUACAUAAGUUUUGAGAAAGACAAACAAUAUCGGACGUUAAAAUGAAUAUAACUAUAGUUUAUCGGAUGCUUAUGUUUUUUUUCUUAUCAUUUUUGACGAUCAAUAUUUGCAUUAAUUAUUACGUGUACCUUAUUUCUUUAUUAGUAUUGAAAAUAACGUACAGUUAUAUGGAACCAAAGUUUAGAGAACUUUUGCCUGUGGAUAAGAAAGCUGUUCUCAUUACUGGAUGCGAUACGGGUUUUGGACACUUCAUUUCUAUUCGACUAGCUAAAGACGGUUUUAUAGUGUAUGCGGGAGUAUUAGAUUUAAAUGGCAGAGGAGCAAACAAAUUAAAAGAUAGAAAGUUACCAAAUCUGCACUUAGUACAGUUAGAUGUAACAAAUUCUGUGCACAUACAAGAAGCUGUGAAUCGUGUACAGAAAACAUCCGGAGGUUUAUGGGGAGUUAUAAACAAUGCAGGAUUUGGUAUACCCGGAGACAUCGAGUUCUGUUUACUAGACCAUUAUAGAAAAUGUCAGGAAGUUAAUCUGAACGGUCAAAUCGCAAUCGUCAAAGCCUUUCUACCAAUGAUUCGUAAAUCUAAAGGUAGAAUUGUGAAUGUAUCCAGUGUAAUGGGGAGAUUUCCAUGGCCAGGUCGUUCAAACUAUGUUAUUACUAAACAUGGAAUAGAGACCAUGACGGAUUCCUUACGAUUAGAAAUGGCAAAGUUUGGCGUCGGCGUUUCUAUGAUAGAGCCUGGAGCAUUUUCCCACGCUACUGGAUUUACGUCUGAUGAAGUGUGUAAGCAGUUGAAAAAAUAUGUUGAUGAUAUGUGGAAUGGAUCUACGCCGGAAGUGAAAGAAACCUAUGGUGAAAAGUAUGCUUACUUGGUAUACAAGAUGUUCUUAGAGUUCAACGCCGACUACAAGGAAGCAAAUGCAGAGAAAGUUCUCGUUCCUAUAAUGGAUGCCAUGGUUGAUGCUUUAGUUAAUAUUCGACCUAAACCACGGUAUCUUGUUCCAGGCGGAACUGGCUUGUAUGACGUUUUUGCUCUUUAUCCAAUCUUCAAUCCAUAUUUGCCAGAAUUCAUCUCAGAUUUUAUCAUAAGCCGUCAUUCAGGAUGUUAUAAAUCCAUAGCUGAACAAACCAAAUAGUCUGUAUACAUAUGCUGUUGUAAGGGAUGAUGUUUAUAGAAACUAUUAUACACGACGAUAAUUAUAACGUAUUUGAUAUAUGAAUAUAGAUAGAUAUCAUCAAAUAAAUAGAUAUAUUGACACAA